CAAUGUAGUUCCCCUUAUCUUUAUUUAGCGGUCUACCUACAGCCUGUAGGGUGCUCUCAGGGCUACGGUCUCGUUUGUCUGACACAUGGCUUCUUCGCAUCAAAAGAACGAUUUGGCUGCCGGGUUCCGCGAGCAGUUCAAAUCCUUCGCAACAGAGGCGAUCCACGUUGGUCAAGAACCAGAGCAAUGGAAAUCUAUGGCCGUGGUGCCACCUAUUUCUUUGUCCACCACGUUCAAGCAGUUUGGACCUGGAGAACAUGCAGGGUUUGAGUACAGUCGGAGUGGAAACCCUACAAGAAGCUGUCUGGAGAAAGCUGUUGCUGCUUUAGAUGGAGCAAAGUACUGCAUUGCGGUUGCUUCUGGCCUGGCUGCGACGUUGACCAUCACUCACCUGCUGAAAUCUGGCGAUGGCAUUGUCUGCAUGAAUGAUGUAUAUGGAGGCACCAAUCGGUACUUUAGACAAAUUGCAGCAGAAGUUGGAUUGGAUGUGUCCUUUGCAGAUUUCACAAAAGUUGAGGUGCUACAGGCUGCUCUUAAGUCAAACACCAAGUUGGUGUGGAUUGAGACUCCCACCAACCCAACCAUGAAAGUGGUAGAUAUCCAGGCCUGUUCAGAGGUGGUGCAUCAACACAAUAAGGACGCUAUGGUGGUCGUGGACAACACUUUCAUGUCAGCCUUCUUCCAGCGUCCCUUGGCCCUUGGCGCGGACAUCUGCAUGUAUUCUGCUACUAAAUACAUGAAUGGUCACAGUGAUGUUGUAAUGGGCCUGGUGUCUGUGAACCGAGAAGACCUGUAUGAACGUCUGAAAUUUCUACAGAAUGCUCUGGGAGCCGUGCCGUCCCCCUUCGACUGCUACCUGUGUAACCGCGGCCUGAAGACUUUGCAUCUGCGCAUGAGUCAGCACUUCAGGAACGCCCUGGCGGCAGCGCAGUUCCUGGAGGGUCACUCCAGGGUGGACCGGGUCAUUUUCCCAGGCUUGCCCUCACACCCCCAGUACGAACUGAUGAAAAGACAGUGUACAGGCUGCCCGGGGAUGAUCACCUUCUACAUAAAGGGAAAAUUGGCCAAUGCCACCUCAUUCCUCCGCAACCUUAAGUUGUUUGCACUUGCUGAGAGUCUGGGCGGGUAUGAAAGCUUGGCAGAGCACCCGGCAAUAAUGACCCACGCUUCUGUACCAGAGAAUGAUCGGGCUGUCCUGGGGAUCAGUGACACACUGAUCCGUCUGUCAGUAGGGCUGGAGGACGAGCAGGACAUCAUCGAUGACCUAAAACAAGCCUUGGACGCUGCAGUGGAUCCAGUGAAAUGAUGUCUUCAGGACCAGCGGUGGUCUUCUUUCAGCAGGAACGGGCAGAUGUAGGAGAACCUGGUGUUUGUAGCCUUGUACAAGGAGAGAGCAGCGAGAGUGCCUCAAUACUACACACAAACUAUAUCUAUGAAUGCACUCAUCAGGGAUCAACCUGCUCUUUAAAUGCUUUUAAUUAACAUUUUAAUCAAUUAUUUGGAUGGUGAUGUUAUUUGGGACUCUGAAGGAUUUCAUUGAAUUUUUAAUUUAUUUUCUGCUUUUCUUUUGUUUUUUUGUUGUUAUUUUCUGUUUGGAGGGCAUUGAUUGGGCAAAAUGACAUAGGUUUUCAUUUAAUUAAAAUUGGCAUUUGGGACUUUUCAUGAGUUAGGCAAAACAAUAUUCCACUGAGUUUCCUUCAGCUUAAUUUAGUUAAAACAUGAAGACUGUUAGUUUCCAUGAUUUAACAUCAGAAGAAUGUCUCGCACUGGAAACAUCAGAAUAGCAGUUUUGAUUAAAUUGUUAACCUUGUGUCUGGCUCAAUCAAAUGUAUGCCUAGUAAAGGGAGAUGGGGAAGAUUUCCUCAAAGUUUGUCUUAAAGGAAGUUUGCCAGAGCAUAUUUUCCCUGCCUUGUGUAGGACAGUUAUCUUUUUAAUCAAAGUUAUUUUGCUAUAAUAAAAUAAUUAAUCUGCAAUUAAAUUAAUUAAAACCGAUGAACCCAUUUUCUGUUUAAUGAGAGAAAAUAUAUUAAACGGUUUGGUGAUCAGGUAGAAGCAAAAAGAGAAUAAGGUCAAUGUUGAAAUACGUGUACUUCCCCUUGAUUAAUUCUACCUCAGUUCAAAUGAAUUAUUUUAGUUAAUUAUAAUCAUAAAUAUUUAAAAAAUGUUUUGACAGAAGGACUCAUUAGUGCUGUUGCAGGAUCCAGUGGUGUUGCUGAACUCUCAGAACUACAGAUCUCAUUAAGUACAGCCUUGAUCUCUGACACACUGAACCAACAAACCUGUGUCAUGUUUACAGAAUCGUACACAGUUGAUGUGUUCCUACGUAUCUUGUAUCUGUGCUUUCUAGUCAAGUACAGUGGGUUGUGAGUAAACACAACCCAUGUGCAGUCUUUACAUUUUGCUGCACUGAAAUAAAAUUCAAAUAAAUUAUCGGAAACCAAAUCAUGGAAAGCCACUGUUGUCUGUAUUUGGUAUGAAAUUGUGAACUGUUUUGCUGAUAAUAAAAUCCCAGGAUGACUUUUUCAGAAAACAUAGGUCUUCAGCUAACUUUUUACCUGGGCUUUGCACCUUUCAUAUUAAUUUUGCUCCUGACAAACUCUCCAAACUUGAUGAACAAAAUAUAAUAAAGAUCAAAAUCAUUAUUGUA